AUGUAUCAUCAUCAAGUACUUGCCGAAGAUCUAGAAAAGACCGAAAAAGAAAGACAAGAACAAGAGGAAGCUGCUGAAAGUGAUGAUGAAGAGAGCACUGAAGAAAUUGUAGUCAAGAAAAUUGAAGCAAAGAAAGUUACCUAUUGUCCCGAAUGUACCUAUCCAAUCGACUAUUGCGAAUUUUCUGACAAAUGGCCAUUAUGUGAGAAGUGGCUUGAAGCAUUUCCUGAAAAGUUGAAGGAAUUGCGAGAAUUGAGAGAACACGACAAGUAUAAAGAUAAAACUGUGGAUAAGAAGGUUGCAAGAGAAGUGAAGGAAAUUGUGGAAGGAAGUGUUGGAUCUUCCGAUGAUAAUUCUUCAAAAACUUCAUCUGUUUCAAAGAAUAGAGAAUUACUCAUUCGUAUCGAUAAAAGAAGUAAGAGAAAACGUUUAACACUGGUUACUGGAAUUGAGGCUUUUAUGCAAGAUGCUUUCAAAGGAGAAGAAAAAGUUUUGAAGGAUGUUGUGAAACAAUUUGGUAAAAUCAUUGAAAUUCAAGGAAACGUUGCAGGAAAAGUUGCUAAAUACUUUUCAAAAGAGUUAGGCGUUGAUAUGAAUCAAAUUUAUAUUCUUGAAGACAAGAAAAAGACAAAAGCUGUCGACAUGGUAUUUCAUGAUGAGGAUGAGGAGGAAGACGAUGACGAAAAUGAUGAUUAA